AUGAUACGCAAUUUAGUGAAUCGUAUAUGGAAAAAAUUUCUCGGAUUGAAUCUAUACAAAAAACAUUCAAGUAAUGAACAUACUCUUGAAAAAGAACUUCUUUCUACUCGUAUUUAUUUGAUUGCAUUAAUUGUAUGUGUAUCUAUCAUUACUAUUACUGUUGCACUUAUCGUUCGACCUGUUGACAAAAUUGAAUAUAAACCUACACACGAGAAAUUUUUGCAAUUAAUUCGUGAGUAUCCGAAUACUCUUCAUUGUCCAUGUUCAAAAUCUUCAACAAACUAUGACAAAUUCGUCACUACUAACGUUAGUUUUCAUCAAGUUUGUUCAAGUGAAUUUAUUCAACAGACAUGGAUUGAAAAAUUAUUUACAAAUAAAAAUAUUUCAAUGGAAUCUAUCGAUGAUGCUCGCAUUACUCUUAGUUUUUUUUGGCAAACAAUUGCUGGUUUAUGUAUCGCAAGUAACAAAAGUUGGAAUGAUGUUCUGGCAAAUUUUGGAACCACACGUUUUAUCACCCCGACGGCAGUUGCUGAACAAGUUAUUCGAAUUCAAGCUGAAAACGCUCUUCACAAUCAAAUAGGUCUAUCAAAAACAAUAUCAACUCGUAAUUUACUUACUCUUCAACGUAUAGCGCGUGGAAAUCAAGUUGUAUCAGCUUUACAAACAAAUUUCUAUUUAAGUUAUCCACCAGUACAUUUAAGUUUAUUGGAAUUUCCAAAAACGACAGCUCGAACAUUUGGUAAUUGUACUUGUUUAAAUAUUGAAGGUUGCCCACGAUCUGCUACAUUUAAUGAUAGUUAUGGCCAUUUAAUUAAUGUACCAGGAAUGAUAGUAGAUUGUUUAAUUGUUGAUGGUGCACUUGCCUCAACACUUGAAUGUUAUUAUAAUCAACCAUGUAUUUCAGUUUUACAUGGACAACUAUCGAUGAAUAUUCAACCAUUAUCAAAUACAUCGAAUAAAAUUUUUUCUAUGUAUUCAACAGUACAAUUAAUCUUUAAUAAAUCAAUGAUAGAUGAAACAAUAACUGAAAUUCGAUUUGAUAAAUAUUUUUCAGAAUAGCAAUGUAUACAACUUCGCAUUCAACUUUUAUUAAAUAAAUUAUGGCAAGCAAUAAUAUCUUUAAAUCUUUUUGAAAAACAAACACAUCGUACACCUACUAACAUCUAUCGAGAACAACUCCUAACAAGAUUUUUCAUUUUGUUCAUUGUUAUUUUAUCCAUUGCUGCUGGAGUAUACACCAUUGUUGUAAAGCAAAAUCAAGUGAUAACAAUUCCAUAUCCAUCUCUUGAUACUUAUAAACAAUUGUAUAAGGAUCAUCCAACCACAUUGUAUUGUCCUUGUUCAGAAAUAUCCAUUCCUAAUAACGUUUUUCUUAAUGUAACAUUUGUAUUACACCAAGUCUGCUCAAGUGAUGUGGUUUCAUUAGAAUGGUUACAUUAUCUAAUAUCUUUCGAUCCGAUUCGUCUGCCGCCCGAUAGUGACCCCGAGUAUGCUGGAGAUGUUCGUAAAAUGGGUGCUUCUUAUUUUCAACUUUUAGCUGCUUUUUGUUCAUUAGCUAAAACAAACAUUGCAGAUGCACAGGAUGUAUUUAUGAAUACUACAUUUAUUAAUGAUCGUGUUCCUUCUUUAUCACGUUUUAAUCAACAAACUGAAGCUAUGAUGGCUUCAUUUAUUGGUACAACAAUCAAUGAUUUUGUACAAACAUUUAAUUGGACGAAACUUAUUUUUCUUCAUAGUCCUCUUUACAAUGGAUUGAAUACAAAUUUUUAUAUAGAUAGAAUCAAUGAUGGUCAAGUGAUUGCUAAAUUUCGUGGAUAUACUAUAGUAGGUUUCGUAUUAGACGACUCUCCACAAACUGUGAGCUUCUGCACUUGUGGAGCAGAGCCUGCUACCUGUCAUGCAAUCCCUGUAUUAUAUGUGAAUACAACAUAUCUUGACAAUAUUAAUAAAUAUUUAUUUUUCAAAGUAUUAUAUCUUGGUUGUUCACCGUUAAGUGGGUUUCUCAUGUCAAGAACGGGAUGGUGGUACAAUAUCACAUAUAUGAAACAGAUUCAAGCAACUUAUUCGAUGGUUAUUGAUACUCGAAUUCCACCAAAUAUCAAACCUUUUAAUGA